AUGGCUGAUUCAGUGUAUAUGGAGGGCUGGCUUAUUCGAUCGAGGGAGCGCAGUAUGCAUUUCCCGCCAUUUAAGGUUGACUCUACAAGUACGUCUGCUCUCCUCGUGAUCGAUUCUCAUCUUCAACUUGCGGAUUCGUCGUGCUCAACAACGUCUAGAUUCGGCGGAUUCCAGUGGAUAUUCUCUCUCUAUUUCACCAAGGAGCUUUCACCACAAAAGAAGACACCGUUGUAUUUCGUGUCAGAAUCGGAAGAGAAAUCAAGACGUCAACAUCCUCGUUGGAGAAACUUUCGACACGACAUCGCUCAAAAAAAUGUUCCACCGCGUACUAUGGAUAUUAAGAGCAGUCACCUUCAAAGGAAUCGUAGGACUGGUUUCUUUAAGGAUUACUUAUCUCAAAUGGCAUUUGCUCCACCUCAUAGCAUUAUCAAUGAAGCAAAGGAUAAUGAUAGUAGUGGUGAGACGAUAAAAAUGCAUUCCAUUACCCGUUAUGCGAACUCUCAAUGCUCAUCAGAUGAUCGACUACGUACUCCUAUGUUCCAGCCACCAGUUGUUGAUCGCUCAAACAAACCGGCCAAACUGCGCUUGUAUGAUUAUGAAGAAGGCAAAAUGUCGGAUGAGAUGACGAUUCAUGGUUACAAUAAGUGA